UGUGUACGUUAAAAAUUUGGAUUAGAAAAAUCAAUAAAUAUUGCCAAUAGCAUAUGUGUUAUUCUAUUUUAUACAGUUUCAAGGCGCAAAAUUAAUCUGGGGCUGCAGCACUCCAAACCGCCAGCUUCCAUCCAUUACCCAUGUGGCAACCAUGCGCAUGCUCUUUAUGAUUUUCACAAUAGCCGAGCGAAGUUUCAAGAUUCUAGAGCUGCCCACCGCCACAACGCUCCUGCUGCGCCGCCAGUGUCACAACUACUCCUACGACUACAUCAGCCCCACGCACAUAGAACUCAGUCGGGAGGCCACCCGCCUUGUAAUCCGCCGCCUCCAGCGCACCGUACUCCGCCUGAUCCGUGACCCGGACUUUAGCAUGUCCGCCGAGGCGAAUCCCGAGACGGAAAAGGACACCCAGGACUCGCCGUUCGCGGCUAACCGCAAGACCGGUCCCACUGCCGGCGCCGGCAAGCAGGACUCCAACUGCCGCACCUGCAACGACUUCAAGUCCUGGUCGAAACAGCAACGCCUCAUCUCCAACGUGCAGAGCUCCAAGGUGAAGCACAUGGCCGCCGCCGAGAAGCUGACGGUUAAUGCCGCCCAGGAACCGCUGCCCCGCGAUGACUGCCCGCUGGACAAGGUACGCCUGGGCAUCUCCACCUGGGGACUGCUCCACACGAUGGCCGCCUUCUACUCGGACAACCCCACGGACACCGAGAAGCGCGACAUGAAGACCUUCUUCGAGGUGCUCUCCCGCCUCUAUCCCUGCGAGUUUUGCGCCAAGGACUUUCGCACCGACCUGGAUGUCAACCCGAUCAAUGUGAACUCCCAGAAGGAGCUGGCCAUGUGGCUGUGCAAGUUCCACAACCGCGUGAACGACAAGCUGGGAAAGCCGCUCUUCGACUGCACCAAGGUGAACGAGAGAUGGCGCGACGGCUGGCUGGACGGCUCCUGCGACUAGGCGCCCCCAGUCCCAUCUUGCCGAGAAUCCCCCGUUGACCGGUUGCCAUGUUGACCAGACUUGUCCCACAUAUUGCUCGGCAUGCCCAUCACGGAUCACCACGGAACACUGCACUCUCCUGCUCGGCGGUGAUCCGCCACCCAAAACUGUGCUCUGUGCUCCGUUCCUGGCCAGAGGCACUGCCCCAUUAGUCGGAGUCUGCGUCGGCGUGACAUAAAAUUGAGUUAUAUAUUGUAAUAGAGCGACACAUCAACGGUCCGUUGUUAAAUGAUUUGCUGGCUAUGAACUCUCAGAGAAUACACACAUUUUGUUGAAGA